GUCCGGCUCCGCACCAUGACCGAUGUGUGCCUGUUCAACCUGGCCCUCGUUGACCUGCUCUUGGUGUGCACCCUGCCCUUCCUGGCCCACCAGGCCAGAGACAGCUGGGUGUUUGGAGAUGGUAUGUGCAAGGUGGUCCUGGGUAUUUAUUACAUUGUCUUUUACUGUGGGAUCUUCUUCAUCUGUCUGAUGAGCUUGGACCGUUACAUGGCUAUAGUUCACUCCGUUUAUGCCCUGAGGGCACGGACACGAUCCUUUGGCAUGAUGGCGGCUGCAAUCACAUGGGUGAUCGGAUUUAUAGCUUCCUUUCCUGACCUGAUCUUCCUCCAACAGCAAACUGCUCUGGAUGGCUCUCUGUUGUGCUCACCUGACUUUCCCAAACAGGAAGGAAACUAUUCCAGUUACCACACCUGGAUAAUCUUUGGCAUCUACAAAAUGAACAUUCUGGGUCUGUUCCUGCCACUGUUCAUUAUGGGUUUCUGCUACUUCCAGAUCAUCCGACGGCUGAUGUCCAGCCAAUCAGCCAAGAAGCCGGCCAUCCGUUUGGUCUUCCUCGUGGUGGCCGUCUUCUUUUGCUGCUGGGUUCCUUACAAUGUCUCAGCGUUCUUCAAAGCUCUGGAGCUUCUGGGGCUCUACACGGAGUGCAGCAGCAGCAAAGAUAUCCGGUUGUCCUUACAGGUCACAGAGGCCAUCGCCUAUUCCCACAGCUGCCUCAACCCCAUCCUGUACGUGUUUGUGGGGGAGAAGUUCAGGAGGCAGCUGCUGAGGCUCAUAAACAGAGCUCCAUGUCGUCUGUGUCAAGUCAUCAAGUUAUACGUACCUUCGGAAAGAUUUGCUACUUCGGUGUAUUCACAGACCACCAGCGUAGAUGAGAGAAACACCAGCGUGUAA